AUGCAUGCGUUCCUUAAGUCCUUAGAUGAGCAUGUUUGGAUUAGCGUUCAAAAUGGUUGGAAACCUCCAUCUACUACUGUAUCAGGAACAAUUAACCUUACUGACAUAUCACUGUGGACUAAAGAUGAAUUAGCUGCAUGUAAUUGGAAUAGUAAGGGAAUUCAUGCAUUAUUCAUGGCUCUAUCUCCAGAAGAGUUCAGGAGAGUGUCUAUGUGCGAAACUGGUAAAGAGGUUUGGGACAUUCUCGAAACUACACAUGAGGGAACUAAGAUAGUAAAGAACUCAAAAUUGCAAAUGUUAGCCUCUAGGUUUGAAGAAGUGAGGAUGAAAGAUGAUGAAACCUUUGAUGAGUUUUACGCUAAACUAAAUGAUAUAGUUAACUCUAGUUUCAACCUAGGUGAGAGAAUUCCCGAGACUAAGAUUGUGAGAAAAGUACUUAGAUCUCUGCCUGAGAGAUUUAGGCCUAAAGUCACUGCCAUUAAGGGAAGUAAGGACCUAGAUGAAGUUAAGAUCGAAGAAUUGGUAGGAUCCUUGCAAACCUAUGAACUCACUAUCUCACAACAUAAGAAAGGAAAGUCCAUAGCCCUAAAAUCCAUUAAAGAAGAUGAAUCUUCUGAUGCUGAGUCACUUAGGGAUGAGAAAAUCGCAUACUUUGUUAAGAAAUUUCAAAAAGUCCUCAAGAAUAGGAGAAAACCUCAGGAUAGAAAGAGUGGAGCCCCUAGCAGAUUCACAAAAGAUAAAAUUGAGAAAGUUAACAAUAAAGGAUCAAGUGAGAAGCCACGUUUGGUUAGAUGUCAUGAGUGUCAAGGAAUAGGUCACUAUAGGGAUGAGUGUCCUAGCUAUAAGAAAAAUCAAAGAAAAAGGAAAGAUAGGGCCUUAGUUGUCUCACUUACUGAUAAUGAAUCUAAGACCGGUGAUACGCAGGAAUCCUCUAGUAGUGAUGACGAAGGAAAUUAUAUAGCAUUUGUGGCUACUGUUAAGAGUGAAUCUGAUAAGGAAAGUGACAAGGUUGAGGAAGAACAUUCAAACGAUAAUUCUGGUAAUGAGGAUGAGGAUGAGGAUGACAUAGACUUACAAGAAGCUUAUCAACUGUUGUUUAAGGAGAGUCUUAAAAUAAAGAAGGUCAAUAAAGCCCUACUUAAAAAGGUUGACGAACUUGAAAGGGAAAAAGAGAAACUGGGUAGUAAGCUUCAGGAUUCACUUAAGAGUGGUAGUGAGUUAAAGUGUACAUUCAUAAGUGGAACUAAUAAAUUGGAUAACCUGUUGGGAAUGAAUAAGCCAGUGGGAGAUAAGAGAGGUCUAGGAUAUGUUGAGGGUAAUACACAUGUUGCUGGACCAUCUAAGACUGUCUUUGUGUCUGCCUCUAAGUCUAAUGCUGUUAGGAGUCCAAGUAAGGGUAAGAGUGUUCCUAGGGAACAGAGUCAUCAAUCACGUAGGAACAUCAGGACUAGGUACCCACAGACACGUACCUUUGAGCCUAGGUUCAUUCCCACCUGUCACCACUGUGGAGCUCUAGGACACACUAGGCCUAGAUGUUAUAAGUUAGGCAAUGAGCGUAGAAAUCAAAACAUUCCUAGUCAGGUUAGCUUUCUGUCUAAUCAGGUUAGUCAUUUGACUGAGAUGCUUAUUAAGCUAACUAAGAGUACUUUGUCAUCUAAAAAGGUUUGGGUCAAAAAGGGUGAUCUAGGUAGACUUUCAGGUCAAGAAAACUGUUUUGUUGCUCAUGUUGCUUUAAAAGCUCAAAAUUCUAAUAAGUGGUACCUGGAUAGUGCAUGUUCUAGGCAUAUGUGUGGUAAUAAAGCCCUAUUCACUACUCAUGAUGAAUGUAAUGGUGGUAUGGUUACCUUUGGAGAUGGGGGCUCUACACCUAUUCUUGGCAAAGUUACUGUACAAAUGCAUGGUUUACCUGUGAUCUCUAAUAAGAGAUGUACCGUGUAUGAUUCAUCCGGUGGGAUAGUCCUUGAAGGGGUUAGAACAUCUGACAAUUGUUAUGGGGUAAUACCUAAUUCUAACUAUGUGUGUAGGAGUGCUAAAAUUGAUGUGAGUGAGCUCUGGCACAAAAGAUUAGGUCAUUUGAACUAUAAGAGUCUAGAGCAGUUGGCUAAGAAAGAAUUGAUAGAUGGGUUGCCUAAGAUAGUUCCUAGUAAAAAUGUUGUGUGUGGACCAUGUCAACUAGGCAAACAACUUAAGGGGAGCCAUAAGAAGACUACUAAAAUUCUGACCAAAAGACCCCUGUAG